UCAUAUUUCAAAUCAGCUGUCAGUCGUUUCAGAAAAUAUAACCUAUAAGAAAAAGUGUAGUUAUUAAAACAAAAUAAAUAAACAGCUAAAUAUGUCGGGAGUAAUAGCCAACAUUCUGCAGCCAUUAAAGUUUGUAAGGCAGACACUGCAAAUCGCCUCUUCGAUGACACCAGCUUCAAGUUUAGUGAAACCGGACAACUUUUCUUUGUCUUCAAUUAGAAAUAAGGUGCGUUGCUAUUUCCCACGGCCUAACGAAGUGCGAAGAGUGCGCCGCCACGGUUGGGAGACUAGAAUGUCAACCCCAAAUGGUCGCAAAGUCAUAAUGCGAAGACUACUCAAGGGAAGAUUUGUAUUAACACAUUAAUGUCGCCUCCGAGUUACGUGUAAUCAGUGUAGUAUUUAGAUAGUAAUUAAUUAUAAGUACCCUCAUUUUUCUCAGUACAUUGCAUACAGAGUGCAGUAUGAAAACUAUGGCUUAGUGUUGUUGUAUUGUAAUAAAAAUAAAUAAAUAUUGCUAUAAA